AAUGUUUACAGAAAUAACGAACAGGUGGCAGCACCUGCCAAUGCGUGCCGCCGACAAGUGCAAUAGGUGCGUUUGCUUACUAACAACAACUGAUGCAGCUAAUGCCGUUGCGCCGGGCAACUAAUACCUUGUUUUAAAGGAAAAGCACAACCAUGUCUUCCAGAGCUAAACAGCGGAAUGCCGCGAACUCUGCCGAAUCAGCAACGCUGACCGUCAACGAAAGGAUACUCAGGGAUUGCCACGCUCUCUACGUCGACCCCGAUAAUGGGCUGGUGAAGAUCGCCGAGUCCCUGGGCCAGACGCUACUCCCGCCGCGCAAGAAGAUCGUCGUGCUACUCAUCGGCAACCACUCGGCUGGCAAGAGCACCUUCAUCAACUGGUACAUCGAGGAACAUGUGCAGAAGACCGGGGUCGCCAUCGAAACCCAAGGCUUCGCGCUCGUCACGAGCGGGAAGAAGCGGGAGUCGCUCACGGGGAAUGCCACCUUACACCUUUACCCACACUUCAAGCCACUACAGAAGAUUAAAGGUGUGGUGGAUUACCUGACCACGGAGAUCUCCACCUCGAGGCAGAAGAGGUUUAGCCUGGUAACAUUUAUUGACACACCGGGAUUGGUUGAUGGUGACAUGAAGUAUCCGUACGACGUCAACCACACGAUCCUCUGGCUAGGUCAGAUGGCCGAUCUCAUCUUUGUGUUCUUUGACCCCAUUGGCCAGGCCCUGUGCAAGCGCACCCUCAACAUCGUCGAAGAACUUAACGACAGAUUCGUUGACAAGAUGCGGUUCUACUUGAGCAAAGCAGACGAGGCGGGCCACGAAGCUGACAGGCAGAAAGUCAUGAUGCAGAUUGUCCAGGAGCUGUGCAAGCGGCCAGGCCUAAACCGAUGUGGGUUCGACAUGCCGGCCAUCUACAUUCCAGAUGCAAGCAAGCAAGCAGUGCGCUGCGUCAACCAAAUUGAAGCGGUGUGCAAGGACAUUGAGAAAACCAUCAACCAGACUGUGCAGAAUGCACUCAACUCUCUAGAGCAUGACUGUGAACGACUCUGCAAUGAAGUGUCACUCAGAAUUAGCCAGGACAACAAGGCGAGGUCAGACAACUUCAGCACAGGGGGCAGGGGCCUGUGCCUCGGACUGUUUGGCCUUGCGCUGCCAUCCCUGCUUCUGCUCAACCUGGCCCUCCGCAGUGCACCUGAGGAGCUACUCUUCUCAUACCUGGGGACAGGCACCGUCGAGUUCCUCUUCCUCUUUACUCUUCCCCUGCAGAUAUUAUCAGGCCUACUACCAGACUCCAUUCGGCUGGGCGUGAUGGUUGCCCUUUUUGCUGUGUCCAUCAUCUUUUUAGUUCUCGCCAAGUGGCAGUCAAGGCUCAAGCCUAUACUCACAAGGCAGCAGAAGCGUACGCUGUCGGAAGCCCAAAGCUACCUCACAACUUAUGUGAAGCCUAAGAAGCAACGACUGUAUGAAGAGUACCUCAGGCAAAGCGUGGCAGACUAUGACUUGUGAUACAGCCACUGUGGCUGUUGUCCAACAUCAUCAACAUCAUAGGAUACAAUUGUUUCCUUCAUGCAAAACGUGUGACAUGUUUGUCAGAACAUAUAGGCUUCAUCAUAAUAAAUUAACAGGAAUGUUACUGUCACCAGUUGUUGGAACUGAGUGUGAAACUAUAUGUAUUUUUCAAAUAAAGGCUCGGAGAAAUAAAGAAAUAGACACACCAAAAAUUUUUAAAAAGCGAAAAAGUUUGGAGCAUCUCCAGAGGACAGCAGCACUAUAAUUGUAUUAUAUAUAGUACAGGCUUUGUCAAGUUAAAUUACAAGAAAAGUUACCGAUACUUAUCGGAAUGUGUUUUAAACAACAUAGGAUGCUAAAACCAAAAUAAAUUUUCAACUGUGUGGAAAAAGAGUAGCUUGCAGAAAAGGCCAGAGUGGGUAAAGCAAUUGUGUUAGGAUGGUUUUGUUUGUUUUACCUUCAAUUAUAUACAAAUAAAAAAAAUUCACUGGCGAUUGCAAUACCAUCCAUUGUGUAAUUUGAGCGCAGCUGUAUACGUUUUCAUUACGCGAUGUAUUGGCCAGCGCUGACAAUCUGUCUCGCACAGCACGUUCCAAACGGAGCAAAGUGUGGCGUGUUUGCCUCACUAAUUGGGUGAUCGCGAGAGGCAGCGCGUGGGUGCGAUUCACAGCAACCAUCGCAGACAGCUAGACCUCAGCUCGUGCAUUGCUUCGUUUCCAUAGAGACUAUGCGCGCUACUGUGGCGCCAUAUCAUAGCCAUCGUCACCGUACAGCCCAUCUUGCAUGUGCUGCACUACGCUUCUCAUGCUUUCGUCCCACCAACGACAAUUAAGAGCGGCCCUUCGUCGCGGGGAAGUCCAAGCUUUCCAAGCUUCCACACAAAUUUUCCAAGCUUUUUCACACAAAAAUGAAUAUGCGACUGACCGGCAGCUAGGGUUCUGAACUGAGAAGUACUGCUUCAUAUAGUAAAUAACACUGAUUCGUUUGCAUUUCGGCAGUGUUUAUUCUCGAACAGAACUAUGUAAUGAACGUGACAGUGCAAGUUUGUGUAGUGUGCGUACUGGGCAAAAAUAAUCUAAACUCUUGCAGUGCACAUAAUACAGCAGAAACUUGUUGAUACAAUCCCGUUACACACGAUUUCGGCCCCAACGUUCGCGAUGGAGAACAAGACAACAAAAGAAGACUCAAUAGAGUAACGCUUAUUUUUGACCGGUUCAUACGUUCCCGGAAUACACGAUUUCUCGGCACCAACGUUAAGUACAUCGCAAAACUGCGAUCGUAUGAUACGUUUUCCGGCUGCUAGAUCCUGCGUAAAAAAUAAAAUGCGCGAGGCGUGCAAAAUCGAGAACAGUGCAGUAUACAGCCGCCCGCCGGCGGCAGCUUCACCGCAAUACUCGCCCGCCCGUCUCGCGGGAGAACGCCGGCGCAUAAUUCCGGUACCAGCAAACCUUCUCCGGAGACGUUGCACGUCACAUUUACAGCUAUUGCAGCCAACCCUAUCGCGAUAAGCAUAUUCGGCCAUCUGUUUCACAGCGCGUGGUGCACGCUUUUAACAGGCGAUUACACAAACGCGCCGCCUUUCCCUGCAACAGUCUGCAAUCGUAUCCGUUUUCCGGCCGUUAGAUGCCAUGUUAAAAAAAGAAGAAAAACAAGGCGUGAAGAGCGCGCGAUCGAGAACAGUAUAUAGCCACUCGCCGCGGCAGCUUCACCGCAAUACUCGCCCGCCCGACUCGCAUGAAAACGCCGGCGCGCGCUCAGUUUUAUUCCGGCACCAGCAGAUCUUGUGCUGGGACGUCGCACACCUUAUUCACAGCUAUCACCGCCAAACCUAUCGCGAUAAACUUCUUCACCUAUCUGUCUUAGAGCGCGUACUGCACGCUUUUAGUAGGCAAUAAUCCAAACCUGCCGCCGUUCCCUGCUGCAGGCGGCGCGACGCGAUCAUCGCGUUUCGCUUCGGCGGCAUGCAGCAUCGCCUACUACCUCGAUUUCUAUUCGGUUUCCUGUCGCUGUCUUUAAACACUGCGCAAUAGGAAAACAAGAAAAUGUCUCUCGGGCCGUCGAAGCCCCGCCAGCUCGACGCGCUUUGUCAUCUCGUGCGCAACGAUUCGCGCACCGCUUUGCAUUACGUAAUGUCAACAACAGUUGAGUGUGUCCAAUUUUUAGUCACUUCGGAUCGUACGUUUUCCCGGUUAUUACGUUUCCCUCGCAUCCCCCCCCCUCCAACACGUAUGAACGAGGUUCUACUCCGGUAGCCAAUGACUGAAGUUACUAAUAUCAACUGUUGAAACUGAACUUGAAGUAAUGGAAUAUGUUCAAGUAAAUUUUUGCAAAAGAAAGCAAGGUGGGGGGGGAGGGGGUAACAAAAAGAUAAUGCAUGGUCCAUGGUAAUUGUGUUAGGAUCAUUUUAUUGUUUUCAACUAAUUCGUAUACAAAUAACAAAAAAAUGGCACAUUUAGUAAACAAUGUCAACAAACAGUAUAAACAAUUCAAAAGUAUACAUAAUGUUCUGUAAAAGUGGAAAUACACGAGACACUGCUAAAAAAAAGCUACUCAACAUUUCGACUGUCUGCAGACAUCGCAACUAACUGUGCAGAGCAGCUUUACCACAGCACACAGACUUUAAACAUUCUCUUUAACAACACAGUCGCAGAAAACUUGCAGCACACCGAUCACUAGUGGCAAACAGCUGAUGAAGGUAGUAAUACCAGUGCUUUUCGUGUUCGAUCACGUGGUGCAUUUCUUCAUCUACAAAAUUGAUUGUUCUCAAAAGAGAGGACGCUCUUGUGUUUGAAUUAGGUCCCCAUGUAAGACUGCUUUGCAAUACGACAAUAAAGGACUUUCAAUCAGUCA